UCCGCCUCUUCCUUGUUAAGAUGGACCUCGCGAAGAGGGCCGAGGACGCUGGGGUCGCAGUCAUUGUGUACAUGGAUGAGAGCUUUGUUCACCAGGCGCAUGGUUCCGCGUACUCGUACUUUCCUUCUGACGAUACGGGGGUUGUGCAGGAUGGGAUAGGCCGUACAACGGGGAAAGGUUUGCGUAUGAUCAUGGUGCAUGCGAUCACGAAGCACGGGCCCUUGGCCGAGCUACAGGAGGGAUUUCCUAUCCGUGAGGGUUGGUUCAAGGCUAAGGAAAAUCGUGCGAAGAAGAUUAAGCCUGGCGAGGCGGAUUUCGAAAUGUCAGAUGAGCAGACAGCAGAAUUUCUGUGGCAGGCCAAGUUGGCAACCGGAGAUUAUCAUAACGCCAUGACGGAUGGGAUGUUCAUGCAGUGGUUGAAGCACCGACUUACCCCGGCCUUCGAUGCGCAGUUCAAGAACAAGAAGAUGUUUCUCGUUCUCGAUAACGCCUCAUACCACCACUGCUUUGACGAGGAGGUUAAGGUGCCCGAAACCAACAGUAGAAGUACAACGUCGAACUCUUGCGCAAGUACGGUUGCACGUCGUUCAAGGUGACGCGUGAGUCGGAGGGUAAGGCUGCUGAGUACAACUUUGAGGUCCCGGCGCAGGGGUCGCUACCCAAUGCGAACCGCAAGAACGGCGUCAGCAAAGAAGAGAUAGCCUCCGUCACUCGGACGUACUUCAAAAAGAAUUUUCCACAAAAGCUCGAGGGAAAAGCUGAGACGUACACGAGGGAGAACGGGUGGGGGUUAAUUUGGACACCGCCGUACAUGCCGACUUUCCAGCCGAUCGAGCUGUUCUGGCAGCACGGCAAGCAUUACGUGAGCUUUCAUUUUGAGAAGGGGCGGAACGUGUUGGAUGUCUGGAAGCAAAUCCGUCUCGGUUGGUAUGGAGACCCGGAAUGGGACAGUCAGGAGGGGGGGUGGAAGGCAGCCAACUGUGGAAAGUUGGUGCAGCAUGCCAUUGGCAAGAUGGACGAGUGGAUCGGCCUGUACGGUGGAAACCUGAGCGGUACGAUCGGUAGCCUUGAGUAUCCAGUGGCAGAGUACCAAGAGGCUACGGCCGAGGAUGAGAUAGAGGAUGGAGUGGAGGAACAGACGGAUGAGUGGCUGGGUGAGGACGCGGAAGAUGCCAUUGAGGGCUGAAAAAAAAUGCCACAAAAAAAAUGCCAAAAACAAAUGCCCGUUUUUGGGCCAAUAUUUUUCGACUUUGAUUCCCGAACAGCGACACGAAGGGGCUACACAGAAGGCGCCAUUCUGAGUGCAAGCUGACAUAUUGUUUGAUAUUUCGCAAUUGAGAUGGCUGUAUCAUCCUGUUCAAUCAAUAUAUGGAUCACUUGUGCAAGCCCUGGGGCCGCAUCGUUGGAACACAGCGCUUCAAUAUUUUUGGAACUUCGCCGGGUACGAUCACACGCUAAUUUCGUAAUAUU